UAAUCACCCUGCGAAGCGGCUUCCUCCUCCUCCUCUGAGCGCGGAUUGGUGGAGAACCGCUUUAGUGCGCAGUAUAAAGGAACUUCGAGCAGCAACAACAUGAAGCUGCGACUCACACAUCAAACGGAGAAAAAAUCCACAUGAGAGCUGCACAAACACAUCUGCACCAGUGUAUGGAAACGUUCGCAUUUCAUUUCUUAUAUCCAGCAGGGAUUUGCGCCUCGGACAGACUCACACUGGUGUUUUAGAUGAGUUUAUAAGCUUGCACUGGUUUCUAAAUGGGACGUUUUGCUCGUGCUGGGAUGUGCACUAUGGAGCCUGCACGCGAGUAAGUAGGUGACUUUUCAGAAGUUGUAAAUACGUUUCAGGUCCAUUGUUUGCUUUCAAUAUGUUUUGCUUAGUAUGAGUGCUCCAUUUUGUGAUGGACUGAUAGAGCCCGAGUCAUUUCACCGAGCCAGGAAGAACGAAUUGUUCUUGAGUGCAGGACUUCUCUGUUGAUUUUAUUUAUUUAUUUUCACGGCAAGUCGAUGAUCAGUACAAAAAAAAAAUAGGUGCAAUCUGAGAGAGUGAGGGGAGAGGGGGGUAAAAAAAAAGGGGGGGAAAAAACAAAACUAAUAUACAAAACAGCAAAAGCGCGCCCCGGUUUUUGCAGGACAUUAUCAUGAGUUUGGUAGGAGGCUUUCCUCACCACCCGGUCGUGCACCAUGACGGCUACUCGUCCUCCUUCGCUGCAGCAGCUGCAGCCGCCGCUGCCGCGAGCCGCUGUCAUGAGGAAAGCCCUUAUUUCCACGGGUGGCUCAUCGGGCACGCGGACAUGUCGCCGCCGCCGGACUACGGCAUGGCGCCUUCGUCCUACAGCCCCGAGUACGCCGCCAAUAACGCCGCCGGCGGUGUGUGCGCGCCCGGGCCUGGCUUGGAGCACGGGCCCUACGGAGCAGGCGGCGCGGGAGCACUCGUACCGGGCAUGAUGGUGGUGCCGCGCACCGUGAAGCGGAGGCCCACGGCGAACCGGAAGGAGAGACGCAGGACUCAGAGCAUCAACAGCGCGUUCGCCGAGCUGCGCGAGUGCAUCCCGAACGUGCCCGCAGACACCAAGCUGUCCAAGAUAAAAACGUUGCGCCUCGCUACCAGCUACAUCGCCUACCUCAUGGACAUCCUGGACAAACACGAGCAGCACGGCGGCGGCGAGACGGAGGCCUUCAAGGCCGAGUUCAGGAAGGCGGACUCCAAAGAGGAGAGGAGGAAGAAAGAAACGAAUGAAGUUUUGAAAUGUUCAGGGAGCAGCAAUGACAAGAAACCCAAAGGGAGAACUGGUUGGCCGCAACACGUCUGGGCUUUGGAACUGAAACAGUGAACUAAAAAAAAACAACCUUGAAUUGAGGCCUUUCCUUGUCAUGUUUUUUACACUAACUUUAUUUAAUGGAAUAUUUAUGUGCAAUUUCUACGGACAGUGGAUCCUUGAAGACAAAACCAAACAAACAAAAAAAAAAACAUUCCAUUUUUAAGAGGAGGAUGCCCCUCUUGGUAAGGGAUUGUGUUGUUGUUGUUGUUGUUGUUGUUGUUGCUGUUGCUAUUGUUGUCUAGUUUGUGGUGAAUGUCUGCCACUAAAGUGAAAGUGUAGGUCUUUCUCGUGCCAUUUUUUUCUGAAUAGAAAAAUAUAUCAAAUGAAAGCUCGAGGAAGAAUGAAACAGUUUGAAAUAACGUUUCAUUUGGAGAAAGAAAAAAAAAUGUCAUGAAGUGUUAUGUUGUGAUGUUUUGUUGUGGUCGUAUAUAUAUAGGAAUCUCUCUGGUCGUGUUUGAAACCUAAUGUUGAGUCCACUCAAGUGCACUUCCGUCCAGACACCAGAAGUUUAUUAAAAAAAAUAAUAAUAAUAAUAAAUAUCUGACGAUGUAUACGAUGUAAUUAAUUCAAUAAACCACUGUGUUUUAAACGA